UGGCUGUCAGUGGUCUCCGAGGUGCUCUAUAUUCUCCUGCUGGUGGUCGGCUUCAGCCUCAUGUGUCUCGAGCUCUUCCACUCCAGCAAUGUCAUCGACGGGCUCAAGCUCAAUGCCUUCGCCGCCGUCUUCACGGUGCUCUCAGGCCUCCUGGGCAUGGUCGCCCACAUGAUGUACACGCAGGUGUUCCAGGUCACCGUGAGCCUCGGCCCUGAAGAUUGGAGGCCCCAUUCCUGGGACUACGGGUGGUCCUUCUGCCUGGCGUGGGGCUCCUUUACCUGCUGCAUGGCCGCCUCGGUCACCACGCUCAACUCCUACACCAAGACAGUCAUUGAGUUCCGGCACAAGCGCAAGGUCUUUGAGCAGGGCUACCGGGAGGAGCCGACCUUCAUAGACCCCGAGGCCAUCAAGUACUUCCGGGAGAGGAUCGAGAAGGGGGACAGGGGCGAGGAGGAGGACCUUCGCUUGGACUGCCGCCACGAGAGAUACCCAGCCCGACACCAGCCUCACAUGGGCGAUUCCUGGCCCCGGAGCUCUGCACAGGAGGCAGCGGAGCUGAGCCGCCAGUGCUGGGUCCUGGGGCACUGGGUGUGACCGAGACCCAGCCCUGCCCUCAGACCUCAGGCCACCGUCAGCACCAGCCCCUGCCACAAGACCACUGGUCUGGCGCCACCGAAACCCGGCCUGUGUGCUCUGAACUCAGCCAGCCUGCAUGGGAGACACUGGGCCUGCCCUGCCCGCCGCCGCCUGGGUCUCGGGGCCCCAGCCAUGGGGCUGACGUGGCCUGUGGGAUACGCAGGGCUGCACAGAGCAACUUUGGAACAGCAACUUCUAACUUUUGCCACAUGCAGGGCCCUGCUGGGUACAGCUGGGAUGCCAGGAAAAACACAGACAUUGGCCGUUGGAAGCCUGGGCCCCCCAGCUAGGCAGUUCAGGAGGUGCCCAGUGGCACAUAACCUUUUGGGGGGCAGGACUUAGGUGGGCUUCAUAAAGGAGGGGCAGUGGCACUGGCAUUGCAGGGGUUCACACGGCAGGCACACAGCAGGGGCUGAAUAAAUGCUUGUUGAAACUGUUUUCUUGCUGUGUGUGGAGGCCAGUUGCUCUCCGGGCUGUGGCUGCCCCUUCGUGGCUCCAUCCUCUCAGGUCCUCAAGGAGCCUGCAGGUGAGACAGCCCUGAGUGCGCUGCAGUCAGGGUCAGACACUGAGAUGUGAGAGGGAGGAAGCCUAGAGCCAAGCUGGGGGUCGG